AAGUUUAAGAAGAUUGAGUCUAUAGCUUUUUAUUGUGAUUGUGAUACUAAUCUCUGUUGUGACGUCGCGCAAAACCCUAGGCGAUGUCUUUAGGAACACAAAAUAUAUUAAUCGCAGGUUAUUCAAACGAGCAUUAAAAUACUCUCUACAAUCGCGAAAUGGUUUCAAGGUGGCCAAUAAAAUAGAACAGUGUUUGUAGUUAAACCAGUUUCAAGGAUGUAUAUUGUCUCAAAGAACCUAAAUAUCAGCGUCGAUCUGCUGCAGGGUGGGCCUAGGGCCUACGUGGUGGUGGAAAAUUCGGAAAGCGGGCGAACCCACAAUGACGCACUUGGUGCACACGUGUUGACCACCCUAACUCUGUCCUCAGUUUUUAUGAUGCAUAAAAACUGAGAGCCGAUACUCGCACAAUGGCAUCUUUCUUUCCACCACUUCUAAAUUUAUGUUCUAUUUUCCUAACGGCUGAGUGACCAAGAAUACAAUAAAUGCUUAUGUACUUUCUCUAAAUGAUUUUAUAAGAUGUACAUAAAAUAUGGCUGUAUCAAAAUUAAGAUAAUUUAUUUUUUUCCCCAAAUCUUUAUUGAUUUUUCAUUAGAAAUAUAAGGUGGAGCAGUUUAAUCUGGCGAUGUUUUUGGAUAGAGCUAAUUAAAAUACAUCGAAAAUGGAUAGCAUGAUACAUAAGAAUGUUUGGGAAACUGACCAAGAACUUUUUGAACUUAUGAAAAAAGAAAAGAUUCGUCAAGAAUCAGGACUUGAAAUGAUAGCUAGUGAAAAUUUUACAUCUUUAAGUGUUUUACAAUGUCUUAGUUCAUGUCUUCAUAAUAAGUAUAGUGAGGGCCUGCCAGGACAAAGAUAUUAUGGUGGUAACGAAUAUAUUGAUGAAAUAGAAUUGUUAGCUCAAAAAAGAUGUUUAGAGGCGUUUCGUUUAAAUCCUGAAGAAUGGGGUUGUAACGUCCAACCAUACUCUGGAAGUCCUGCUAAUUUUGCUGUCUAUACAGGUUUAAUAGAGCCUCAUGGACGUAUAAUGGGAUUAGAUCUUCCCGACGGUGGUCAUUUAACUCAUGGAUUUUUCACGAAUAAUAAAAAAAUUUCAGCUACUUCUAUAUUUUUCGAAUCAAUGCCUUACAAAGUUAAACCAGACACCGGUCUAAUUGACUAUAAUAAGCUUGCAGAAGAUGCAAAGUUAUUUAAACCAAAAAUCAUUAUUGCUGGAGUCUCGUGUUACAGCAGAUGUCUCGAUUACAAAAAAUUUAGAGAAAUAGCUGAUGAAAAUAAUGCUUAUCUUUUUAGUGAUAUGGCACACAUAUCUGGAUUAGUAGCUGCUGGCAUAAUAGCUAGUCCUUUUGAAUACAGUGAUGUAGUUUCAACAACAACGCAUAAAACGUUAAGAGGCCCUCGUGCCGGAGUGAUUUUUUUCCGUAAAGGUAUAAAAAAUAUUGCAAAAAAUGGAGAAAAAAUAAUGUACGAUCUGGAAAACAAGAUUAAUCAAGCAGUAUUUCCGGGACUACAGGGUGGUCCACAUAAUCAUGCUAUAGCUGGUAUAGCUACAUCAAUGAAACAAGUUACCAGGCCAGAGUUUGUAACUUAUCAAAAACAAGUGAUUGCUAAUGCAAAAAGACUGUGUAGUCAAUUACAGGAAUUCGGUUAUAAAAUUAGUACAGGUGGUACAGAUGUACACAUGCUCUUGGUUGAUUUGCGACCUGUGAGUUUAACAGGGUCAAAGGCUGAAAAAAUAUUAGAGGAAAUUUCAAUAGCAUGUAAUAAGAAUACAGUCCCUGGUGAUAGAAGUGCCUUUAAUCCAAGUGGAAUCAGGCUUGGAACUCCAGCAUUGACAACUCGAGGUUUGAAAGAAAACGAUAUUGAUCAAGUUGCUGCAUUUAUUCAUAAAGGUUUGAUAUUAGCUAAAGAAAUUACUAUUAAAUCAGGACCUAAGCUUGUUGACUUCAAAAGUACAUUGGAGAACGAUGAUCAUUUUCGAAAACAAAUAAGCGCAUUAAAAGCGGAAGUGGAAAAGUUUGCACAAAGUUUUCCUAUACCCGGUCAUGAAAAUUAUUGAAUUUUUUAAGAAUGAAACAAAUUUUCUACCUGCAAAAUCAAUAAAUUAAUAAAGGAAUGUAUUCAACACUUGGUUAAUUAAUGAAAUAGUGCACAUUUAAUAAAUAAAUCGAAUUCCCUCUU